CCCGAGCUGGCCGGGCUGCCAGGGUUGGAACCGUGCGGUCCGACUGCUCCCGGCUCCGGGAUGGCAUCGCCGCGGGAACUGACGCAGAACCCCCUGAAGAAGAUCUGGAUGCCGUACAGCAACGGGCGGCCGGCCCUGCACGCCUGCCAGCGCCGCGUGUGCAUGACCAACUGCCCCACGCUCAUCGUCAUGGUGGGGCUGCCCGCCCGGGGCAAGACCUACAUCUCCAAGAAGCUGACUCGCUACCUGAACUGGAUCGGCGUGCCCACGCGGGAGUUCAACGUGGGCCAGUAUCGCCGGGACAUGGUCAAGGCGUACAGGUCCUUCGAGUUCUUCCUUCCAGACAACGAGGAGGGCCUGCGGAUCAGAAAGCAGUGUGCCCUGGCCGCUCUCCGUGACGUCCGGCAGUUCCUCAGUGAGGAGGGGGGACACGUGGCGGUUUUCGAUGCAACAAACACCACGCGAGAACGGAGGGCGACCAUCUUUAAUUUUGGGGAGCAGAACGGCUACAAGACCUUCUUCGUGGAGUCCAUCUGUGUGGACCCCGAGGUCAUCGCGGCGAACAUCGUGCAAGUGAAGCUGGGCAGCCCGGACUACGUGGACCGUGAUGGCGAUGAGGCGGCCGAGGACUUCCUGAGGCGCAUUGCGUGCUACGAGAGCUCCUACGAGUCCCUGGACGAGGACCUGGACAGGGACCUGUCCUACAUCAAGAUCAUGGACGUGGGGCAGAGCUACGUGGUGAACCGCGUGGCCGACCACAUCCAGAGCCGCAUCGUGUACUACCUCAUGAACAUCCACGUGACCCCGCGCGCCAUCUACCUCUGCCGGCACGGCGAGAGCGAGUUCAACCUCAAGGGCCGCAUCGGCGGGGACCCGGGCCUGUCCCCCCGGGGCAGGGAGUUUGCCAGGAGCCUGGCCCAGUUCAUCCGCGACCAGAACAUCAAGGACCUGAAGGUGUGGACCAGCCAGAUGAAGCGGACCAUCCAGACGGCCGAGGCCCUGGGCGUGCCCUACGAGCAGUGGAAGGUCCUCAACGAGAUCGACGCGGGCGUCUGUGAGGAGAUGACCUACGAGGAGAUCCAGGGCCACUAUCCCCUGGAGUUCGCCCUGCGGGACCAGGACAAGUACCGGUACCGCUACCCCAAGGGGGAGUCCUACGAGGACCUGGUGCAGCGCCUGGAGCCGGUCAUCAUGGAGCUGGAGCGGCAGGAGAACGUGCUGGUCAUCGGCCACCAGGCGGUGAUGCGCUGCCUCCUGGCCUACUUCCUGGACAAGGCGGCAGAACAGCUGCCCUACCUCAAGUGCCCGCUGCACACCGUGCUGAAGCUGACGCCCGUGGCCUACGGCUGUAAGGUGGAGUCCAUCUUCCUGAACGUGGGGGCGGUGAACACUCACCGGGAGAGGCCGCAGAACGUGGACAUCGCGAGGCCCCCGGAGGAGGCCCUGGUCACGGUCCCUGCUCACCAGUGACCCUGCCUCCUCCCCGGCAACCGGCGGCCGCGAUCUCGGCAGCACCAGGCAGGGACCGUCCACGCCGCCCGCUUCCUGCCGACGGCCACGGGGCUUCACACCUGCUGCCUGACCUGCAGCCGGAGACCCUCCAGCCACAUGCCUGCUCCGCGGGCGGAAGUUUGCCGGCACCGGGCCCUCCUGCGGCCGCGUCGGGCGUUCUUGCCCCGUCGGGCUGGCCUCGUGAAGUGUGAAACCCUGGAUGUGAAACGGGGCGUCCCCACCGUGGCCAGGCUGCCGGCAUGGGCCCCGGAACCCCUGCAGGCGCCCCGCUGGCCCGGGUGCGAGGAGAGCCCUUCCCAUCCGCCCUGACGGACGGCUCCCACCAUGGACCCCGUCGGCCAGGCCGUGUCUGAGCCGCUGGGGAAAGCGCGGGCUCGUGUCAGCCCAGCCCGGCGCCAGGAGCCCGGCAUGGCGGCCCCUCCGGGAGCACUGAGGAGCUGCUGGCCAAGGCCCCCCACGACGGCUUCUCGAGAAACCGGGAACGACGGGCAGAGCGUGCAUCACCCGCCCAGCGCGCCGGCCCCCGACUCGGGGAGGCUGCGGCACCUGGGGGAUGGCCACGGGGUCUGGAUUCGUGGCUGCGCGCCUGCCGCCCACGGGCACCACGCUGAUGCCAGCCCUGGGCCCCGAGCCCGCUUUGCACCUGCAGCCUUUCCUGGGGGGUCCCUGCUGAACAGCCACCUUUCCCAGCCCCGGCCCGAGGGGAGUCCGGCGCGGGCCCAGCGGCUGUGGACAAACAGGGAGAGGUGUCCCGUGAGGCCGGCCGGGCAGGUCCUCUGUGCUGCCUCCCGUCAGAGCCCGGGCCAGGGCGCCACCGCAGCCUCGGGGCCGGGUCCCACCUUUCUUCUGGGCUGAGUGCACUGGAGUCUUGGUGACGUGUCCCGUGGACACGCUCACUGUUAGCCACGUGGUCCUUCCCGUGAGCGGACGGACAUCUGACGUCCCCGCCUCCCCGGGCCUCUGGCUGCCGAGGCGAGGCCGCGAGGCCAUCUGCGCUGUGUCCAGACGGCCUGGCCUGGAUGUGUCCCAGGACUGGGCUAGGGCCCGGGAAGUCGGGUCACAGCAGGGCCGUGGGACUGGGCCGCCGCCUGGCUGCUCCGGGUUGGCCAGCACGCCCUGUGCUGGCUGCAGGCGUUUUCCCGCUCGCCCUGGCACGGGAGGGGUAGGAUCUCGGCCACAUAGCACACUGUGUCCGGGGCUCUUUGCAAUAAACAAGUUUUUAAAAUCAAAAGGAUCCUGAGAAGAGGCUGCGUUUGUGGCAGCUCUGCGGACAGGACCCCACGCCGUGGUCUCCUCACAGGUCUGCAGUGAGGGCCUAGGCCCCGCCCCCACCCUGGCCAGCCCUCUCUGGAAGGAGAUCUCCGGAUGGGGGCCGGGGG